GAUAGUUUUGCAAUCUGAUGGUACAGCCCCAACUGAGGGAGUCUGCGAAGCCUUCCCAUUGGCUAGAUAAUUCCCCACCUUCUAGCUAUAUAUAAGCUAGCUAUUGGUUGCUAAUUCACAGUUGGCUACCCACAUCAACAACAUGAUACAGUUAUUGGCCGUCGCUUGCCUCUUCGGAGUUGCACUGUCAGCGCCUCAGGUGGCUCCAAAUCAACCCAUCGCUAUUGUGUCCAGCUUUGACGAACACAAUCCUGACGGAUCGUACCAGUGGGGCUACGAAACAGCAAACGGUAUAAAGGCUCAGGAAACUGGAUCACUAAAGCCCGCUCAAGAUCCCAAGGACGGACAAGUCGUGGUAGCGCAGGGAUCUUACUCCUACACCGCAGACGAUGGCACCGUCAUCACUCUCACCUAUGUAGCCGAUGAUGUUGGAGGUUUCCAAGCUCAAGGUGAUCAUCUACCAACUCCACCGCCAGUUCCAGAGGCCAUCAAGAGAGCUCUGGACUUCAUCGCAUCUCAACCCCAGCAACCACAAGGACAGCCCCCAAGGAGAAUAAAGUAAAAUGAAUGUAUAAAAAGUGAUAUAUUCCUUUAUAUUUUAUUUUUUUUUUAAAGUGAAAAUAUGUAAAUAAACGUGUUACAAUAAAAUUCAUUUCGCAUUUA